GCCGCAUGUCAUUGGCUGCAUGAGGAAGGGGGCGGGUUUUCCGCCUUUAUUGGCUGGGCUGUACUGUCACUUACACUACGUGCGUCAUUUCCGUUGUCAGGUGGUGCUGCUAUGGAAAGAUGUGAUCAGCAGUCCCAUGAAGGCUUUUCCUGAUUACCAGUUUCGGUAAUGCUGUGAGGGGGGAAAAAAACACGCCGUGCAUUUUCAAAGACAGACUGCAUUGUGGUGAGGAGGAACUGUCACUGCACUGCUCCUCGGCAAACGUUUGGAUAAAGAUGUCGUCGCUUGUGUAGACAAACACAGGAUAUUCCCCCGGCGCUUUUUAGCUCGAGAUCUGCAGAAUGUCUAGACGCCGUGUUGCAGAGAGAGGGGCAGGGGAAUCAUCCGGAAGGGCAAGCAAGCUCCUUUGUCCUGGGAUAUCUGGCAACAAUGCUAAAAGAGCUGGACCCUUUGUCUUGGGACCUCGACUGGGAAACUCUCCUGUGCAGAGCAUAGUGCAGUGUCUGGCCAGGAGAGAUGGAACAGAUGAUUUCUACCAGCUAAAAAUUUUGACCCUAGAGGAACGUGCAGACUCGUCUGGAGAGACACAGGAGGAAAGACAAGGCAAGAUGCUGCUGCACACAGAGUACUCGCUGUUGUCGCUCCUUCACAAUCAGGAUGGAGUGGUGCAUCACCAUGGCCUCUUUCAGGAUCGCUCCUGUGACAUCGUGGAGGAUUUGGAGGCCAGUAGAUCACGCAGAAUGAAGAAGCGGAUCUGUCUUGUGCUGGACUGCCUGUGUGCUCAUGACUUCAGUGACAAAACAGUGGAUCUCAUUAACCUGCAACACUAUGUUAUCAAAGAGAAAAGGCUCAGUGAGCGCGAGGCCAUAGUCAUCUUCUGUGAUGUAGUGCGAGUGGUUGAGGCUCUGCAUAAGAAAAACAUUGUGCACCGAGACUUGAAGCUUGGAAACAUGGUGCUUAACAAAAGGACACACCGGAUCACAAUCACCAACUUCUGCCUUGGCAAGCAUUUGGUGAGCGAAGACGAUCUUCUGAAGGACCAGAGAGGCAGCCCGGCCUAUAUAAGCCCAGAUGUCCUCAGUGGUCGUCCGUACCGUGGAAAGCCCAGUGAUAUGUGGGCUCUCGGCGUGGUGCUGUUCACCAUGCUCUAUGGCCAGUUCCCCUUUUAUGACAGCAUACCUCAAGAGCUCUUUCGCAAAAUCAAGGCUGCCGAGUACUCCAUCCCAGAGGAUGGCCGGGUGUCAGAGAGCACAGUGUGUUUGAUUCGCAAAUUGUUGGUGCUGGAUCCCCAGCAGAGACUGACUGCAUCAGAGGUGCUUGAGUCUCUCAGCGGCAUUAUUGCCUCCUGGCAUUCUGUCUCAUCAGUGAGCGGCCCGCUGCAGGUAGUACCAGACAUCGAUGAUCAGCUCAACCAACCAGAGCAUCUGCAGGAGGUGAAGGUAACUGAAGAGUCAUCACAGUACGAGUUUGAGAACUACAUGCGCCAACAGCUGCUACUAGCUGAGGAGAAGAACACUAUUCAUGAGGCCAAGAGCUUCCUUACCAAGAGGCAGUUUGGCAGUGUACCACCAGUGAGGCGCCUGGGUCACGAUGCACAGCCUGUCAGCCCUCUAGAUGCAGCCAUACUGGCCCAGCGCUUCCUCAGGAAGUAGUCACUGUGCACAGGCUUUGCCAUGCAGCUGGAUUCGUGUGUGCGUGUGGUUGCUUUAAAGAGCGUUUGGGUGAGGAGACGCAGCAUGUUAGACAGUUAUCUCUCAUCUGCUCUUCUCACUGCUUAAAGAAGGUGACUCUCUUUUUUUUUUUUUGAGCAGCACACAAGACUUCUGGGUUCUGAGCCCCAACCUAUAACCCCUCCCCCUCACUCUGCCAUACAGACAUUAGCAGCAAUACCGGAACUGAAUCAUGUAGCAAAUGGGUGCGUGCACACGCACACAUAACACACACCUCUCAUUCUCCUUUUCUACUCAGCACUUUCCAAGGGGAACAACUCUGAUCACCUGGCCUCAGAUGUCAUCCCUCCAUGUGUUCCUCAGUCUUUUAGUCAACCACACCCAUCCAUCCUUGGCUCCAUCUACAUCCACAAUUGCAAAUCUACCUCUUAACAUCUCUGUUUCUGUCUCUCAGUCUGUGUAGAACUGUGCUCUCAAUAGUUUUGAAAAAAACAAAAACAGGUAUCCAAAUGUGGGGAUUUGACCACAAGCACAGGUGAAGAGCAUUAUUAUUAUUAUUAUUAUUAUUAUUGUUAUUAUUUUUAUUAUCAUCAUCAGAGUUCUGGCAUGUCAAAACCAGCGAUACGUUUUUCUUCAUAAUCUGAAUAAGCUUUGCUCCCCUCUCCUGUUAGAAAGGUAGCAUUUUGAAAAAGAAAUAUUUUCCCUUACCAUUUAUUAGUUUGUUGUUAGUUCUUAAAUUAUAUUGUAAUACAAGGACUCUGUACACCUUUUCUUGAUUGGGCAUUCACAGGCAGCUAGCACUGUACAGGUUAAAAUCUAGAUGCCAAAAAUAGUCCCGAAAGCUGCUGCUUUGAACCUGCUGCCCUGUGAGGUACGAUAUUCUCUACUGAUCGGCUAAAGGUGCAGUUGGCUGCAGUGGGUCUAAAAACGUCUUUCUUUUUUUUUUCUUUUUUUUUUUUUUUUUAACACCUCUGUCCAAAUAGAGUAAAUUACCGGAGUUCCAAGGGCAUGCCUUCUGGUUUUCGUUCCUAUGAUUGCGUAUUAGAGGUCCCAGAGCAACCAUAGAUGAGAGAGCUGUCAGAAGCAGAAUGGCUGAGGCUGCAGUCAUGCGGAAGUUUAAGCUCCAUUAAGCCCCCGGAAGUGUGGACUUUAAUCUCUUCCCUGCUCCUGUGAUGACCACAGCCAACAUCUUGAGCUGCCGUUCUGAAAACAAGCCAGCACUCCUUUUCUGCCUCACCAUAUUAAGCCGAAUCUUUGGCUUUAUUUGUACUGGGAAAUAGCCACUAAAUCUCAACCUGGGAACCUAGGCAUAUAUACCAUACCCCAAUUCCCAUCUUCGGUUUUCAGUGCCAUUGUCGGUUUCUCACAUGUAUAUAAAGAUUAUGAGUGCAGUUCUUUGUUGAUACAUUCAUUGAUCACAUUUUUAUGUUUUCCUAUUCACUUUUGAUGAGUCAUAGGAUAUAAAUAUUUAUAAUCUUGCCAGACUGCUCACCAAUCCCAUCUAAGCUACUUGUAUAAACCAUUGCCACAGGAUAUCUUGCCUUAGAUUCAGAUUUCAACAGUGAAUGGUGAUUUUUGUACCUUCAGUGGUCUAGUAUAUUAGUAAACAGGUGGUCAUCUUGCAUCAGCCUCUGAACCUGUGACUUAUCUUGUGAGGGGCCUGCCUGGUUCACUAAUAUUAGGGGGGAAAGCAUAAUCCAGUACUGUAUGCUUCUGAGCUUCUCAGUGGUAGUUUCUUUCUUUUAGUUUUGUGCUAAUUUUUUUUUUAAGUGCAAAUCAGUUUGACAGAAAGCAUGAGUAAAACUGUUUAGCUUUGCUUGGCUUUCGUUAAUUUUUAUUUUUUAGGGUGUUAUUUAUUCACUGUGUACAAAUGGUCUUGCUUCCAUCUAUUAUUUUGAACACUGCCUCUAUCCUUGUAAGGUGUGAAGUAUCAUGAGAUCAUCACAUAAUCCAAUUCAAAAGUAUUGCUGUGAUAUAUAUAUAUAUAUAUAUAAUUUUUUUUUUUUUUAUUUUAUUUUUUUUUUUGCGCCCAGUAAUCCCCAGUGAAGGUUGUUUAUUAUUAUUAUUAUUAUUUUUUUUUUUUUUUUUUUUUUUAACCCUUUAGUCUGAGUGAAUGUCGCCAUAAUCCUGAUGGUUUCUUAAGCUACAUUAAUAACAAGACUGACUUUGCAUAGCUCUAUUUUUAGACAAAGAAAACUAUAGCGCAUUAUGACAUUAAGGAUUUAUGUAGACUUUAUCCUGCAAGUUUAAUACAACACACUCCAGUGGCCGGUGUGUAAAUCCCAUCCUGAUGUAGCUAGAACAGAAGGCUCCAAUCAAGCAAAGUCGCACCAUGGCAUCAACAUGAGGAGUAUUUAUCAAAGUAAUGUUGCCUGCCCUAUUGAAAGCAUUAGUGUGCUCCCACCUCAAUGUGAAUAUUUUAAAAUCUAUUGCAGUAUUGUAGAUGACUUGUGAGUUCUGUGUUUGGCAGUUAAGGGGUAUUUGUAAGUACUAGCGCCCCACUGAAAUUAAAAUGUCACUGCAGGCAUAAUUCAUUGAAGUGUAGUGACCCGCCCAAGCUUCCCCAUCUUACCACAAAUCUGUAAGUUUUGAAUGUGACUUCGGUGGAGUGGUUGUGUUUUCAGUACCUUAACUUGGGCCAUAAUUGUUGUUCAAUGCCCCAUGUAAGUGUCUUUUCAAAACCACUCCCUGCAUCACGACCCCGCCCUUUUCUUUCCCCCCUGUAGCGUGACGCUGUGUAUUUGCAGCAUGACACAUUUAUGUUUGUGAGCUAUAUUGUUUUCUACAUCAAAUAAUGCAUGAUUUGGAUACAUUUGAGUUGCCAGAUAAUUUGGGUGUAGCUUUGUUUUAUUUUUGUUUUGUUUUUUUUGUUUUUUUGCUUUUGUAAUCCAGUUGAUAAUACACUAAAAAAAAAAAACAACAAAAUACAGAAGAAUCAUCUCAGCGGCGCUAAAUUGGGAGAAUUUGUUUUAUAGUCUGUAAUUCUGCCCCGUCCCGUCCUGUCCUAUAAACAUGUCGGCUAACUGGAAAAUGGUGUAAAAUGAGAUAAUGGUGAAAAUAGUUUAAAAGCCUAAUUGUUUGGUGUCGUAAGCUGCUUGUUUGGAUAGAUAAAGAAGAAACUGGGUAAUUGUACAGAGAUGAAAUUUGUAUAAAUGACAUAUUUUUGUACUUCAUAAAAUCUCUACAUGCAUGUCAGCAAUAAAUUUGAUAUGGAACA